CCGCCCGCCCCCGCCAUGGCCGGCCCGGCCGCCGGGAGCCGGUCCCGCGUCUACGCCGAAGUCAACAGCUUGAGGAGUCGCGAGUACUGGGACUACGAGGCGCACGUCCCCACCUGGGGUAAUCAAGACGAUUAUCAACUGGUUCGGAAACUCGGCUGGGGGAAAUAUAGUGAAGUCUUUGAGGCUAUAAACAUCACCAACAACGAACGAGUGGUUGUGAAAAUUCUUAAGCCAGUGAAGGAAAAGAAGAUAAAACGAGAAGUUAAGAUUCUGGAGAACCUGCGAGGUGGAACAAACAUCAUUAAACUGAUCGACACUGUCAAGGAUCCAGUGUCAAAGACUCCAGCUCUAGUGUUUGAAUACAUCAAUAAUACAGAUUUCAAGCAACUGUAUCAGAUCCUGACAGACUUUGAUAUUCGGUUUUAUAUGUAUGAAUUGCUCAAGGCCUUGGAUUACUGUCACAGCAUGGGAAUCAUGCACAGAGAUGUCAAACCUCAUAACGUCAUGAUAGACCACCAACAGAAAAAGUUGCGGCUCAUAGACUGGGGCUUGGCAGAAUUCUACCAUCCAGCUCAGGAAUACAACGUCCGUGCGGCCUCGAGGUACUUCAAAGGGCCAGAGCUCCUCGUUGACUACCAAAUGUACGAUUAUAGCUUAGACAUGUGGAGCUUAGGCUGUAUGCUGGCCAGCAUGAUCUUCCGAAAAGAACCUUUCUUCCAUGGUCAAGACAACUAUGACCAGUUGGUUCGCAUUGCAAAGGUUCUGGGUACAGAUGAAUUAUAUGGUUAUAAUCUCCAGAGCGUUCAAGGAGUCCACCAGGUCUCUCCACCAGCAGCACACCCAACGGAAGCAGCGGAGCAGGUGCCACGAGGGGAAGAAGUCAAACACAUCCAGCAGGAUCUCCAGAGGCAGGUCAUUGAUGGACACCAUCUUCCGCAAGAGAAGUCUUGGCCGAGAGAGGUUUUAGAGAUGCAAAAUAAAUGCAAAGGCAGGAGACCUGGGCUACUCAGACCCAAACCCGCUAGGAAUCAAUAG